GUGUGAGGCUGAGUGUGUGUGAGCGCUACAGAGAGAGAGAGAGAGAGAGAACAGUCUCCGUUGUCUAAGAGGUUGAAGGAUCAAUAGAGAGGCUUGUUGUGGCGGUUGUGAUUCUGUUCCAUCUGUGUGUCGGAGCUGCCUGGUGUUAGAAGGAGGAAUCCUAGUUCCCACAGACCUAUUCCAGCAUGCUCACAGACCCUGAGCUACCUCAGGAGUUUAACAGGAUGUCUUCCAAGCGACCAAUCUCUCCAUAUGGGGGGACAGAUGGAGAAGUAGUCAUGGCAACCAGCAGACAGAGACUGGAAGAGGAAGAGAGAGAUGAUGGACAGGCUGUCAUGCACCUCCCCCUGACUCACUACUGCAGCAAGGUGUCCCCCCUCUCUCCCCGCCCCCUGGACAGCCCCCCUACCCUGCACAGUGCCAUGGACCAGGAUGGCAGUAAGCAUUGGUCUCUGAGUCCCUACCCCCAGAACAACUCCUCUACCUCUCCAGGCAGUAAGCAGCAGGUGGAGGAGGGGGGUUCAGGGGCCGCAGUGCUGGGGACCCCAGAGAGACGUAAGGGCAGCCUGGCUGACGUGGUGGACACACUGAAACAGAGGAAGAUGGAGGAGCUCAUCAAAAACGAACCAGAAGAAGCCCCCAGCAUUGAGAGGCUGUUGUCUAAGGACUGGAAGGACAAGCUGUUGGCCAUGGGAUCAGGACAUUUUGGAGAAAUCAAAGGUACCUCAGAAAGCCUGGCAGAGAAGGAGCGCCAGCUGAUGGGCAUGAUCAGCCAGCUGAGCAGCCUGAGGGAGCAGCUCCUGGCGGCCCAGGAUGAGCAGAAGAAAGUGGCCGCCUCGCAGAUGGAGAAGCAGCGGCAGCAGAUGGAGCUGGCCAAGCAACAACAGGACCAGAUUGCCCGGCAACAGCAGCAGCUUCUGCAGCAGCAACACAAAAUCAACCUCCUGCAGCAACAGAUCCAGCAGGUCCAGGGGCAGCUGCCUCCGUUGAUGAUCCCAGUGUUCCCUCCAGACCAGAGGACUCUGGCUGUAGCUGCUGCCCAGCAAGGCUUCCUGCUGCCCCCCGGAUUCAACUACAAACCAGGCUGCAGUGACCCUUACCCUCUCCAGCUGGUACCUACUACCAUGGCAGCAGCUGCUGCCGCGGCAACGCCAGGCCUCGGUCAACUACAGCUCCAGGGACGGAGAGGGUCUGAAGUGGGGAUCGACAGGACUAUUGAACAGUUUGGAGUAGACUCCAACUACAACAACCCAGCCUGGUGGUGCUUACAGCAGCUGUAUGCAGCUCAGCUGGCAGCGAUGCAGGUGUCUCCAGGGGCCAAACACAGCAGUAUGUCCCAGACCAACCUGAACACCCACUCUCCCACCAACACACACCAUGAGAAGAGCCGCAGCACCCCGCCGCCCAAACCCAAGGACGAGGGUGCUCAGCCCCUGAACCUGUCGUCCAAGCCUAAGACAGCAAGCGAGAGCAAGUCACCCACCUCCCCCGCUUCCCCACAGGUCCCCACCAUGAAGCUGGGUCACCAUGGCACCGGGUCCAUGAAACACAGCACAGCCCCCUCCAGCAUCGGAGGACCACCGUCCAGAGUCAGCUCCAUAGACCUGCUGUCAUCCCUGUCCUCGGGGGGCUAUCUGAACGACCACGAGGCUGUGACCAAGGCCUUCGCUGAGGCCAGACAGAUGAAGGAGCAGCUGAAGAGAGAACAGCAGGUGUUGGACGCCAAGGUGGCAGCCGUCAACAACCUCAGCCUGAACAACGGACGCUCCGACAAGGACAAGGCAGCUCUGGAGAGUCUGAGCCACCAGCUGAAGCAGCAGACAGAGGACAGAGAGAAGUUCAACCACGCCAUGAUGGACUUCACCAUGAGUGGAGACUCAGAUGGCAGCCCCAGUGUGUCUGAUUCCAGGAUGUUCCGUGAGGCCCGGGGCCGAGGCAACAGCGAACCGCACAUUAAACGACCCAUGAAUGCUUUCAUGGUCUGGGCAAAGGAUGAGAGGAGGAAGAUUCUCCAGGCUUUCCCCGACAUGCACAACUCCAACAUCAGCAAAAUCCUCGGUUCUCGUUGGAAGUCCAUGACUAACCUUGAGAAGCAGCCGUACUACGAGGAGCAGGCCAGGCUGAGCAAGCAGCACCUGGAGAAGUACCCGGACUACAAGUACAAACCACGGCCCAAACGGACCUGUCUGGUGGACGGGAAGAAGCUGAGGAUUGGAGAGUACAAGGCCAUUAUGAGGAACCGCCGGCAGGAGAUGAGACAGUACUUCACUGUGGGACAACAGGCCCAGCUGCCCUUGUCCUCGGCGGGCGUGGUGUACCCAGGUGCCCUUUCCUUGGCAGGCUUGCUCCCCCAGAUGCCCUCGGAGCACUCCUCACUGUCCAGCAGCCCCGAGCACGCCGCCCCACCCCUCCAGACCCCCUACCACCCCAGCCUCAAGGGAGACGAGACCCGAGUCAAACAGGAGGAGCUGCGAUUGGACGACAGCAAUGGUGAUGCGUACGACGAUUUUGAUUAUGAGGACGAGGAGGGAGAUUAUGGAAGCGAUAACGACAACCACCAAUAAUCGGGACGCAGAGCCAAUCAGAAUCAGUUACCCAGCUUCUUGCUGGAAACAACCCUGUCCAUCCACCAAUCCUGAGAGACUAUCCGUCC